ACUUUUUUAUUCCAAGCUCCCUUCGUGAAAUUUAACUGCCGUGUUGUGUUGCGAAAAGUCAGGCUAAUUUUUACUGUUAUACUGUUGGGGACAAAGUCACCCAACACAGACUUUUAAAUUCUUUAUACUCACAAGAAUUAUAAUUAUAACAUUCUGAUAUUUUGGAAUCACAAUACAUUUUAUAUUGGUUGCUAAAAACAUGGAGUGCUAAAGAUGAGCCAAUUUAUAGAAGAUUAUGAAAAUUUUUUCCUUCGAGCGCCUUAUCUGGCUGAAGCUUUGAAUAAUAAAAAAGACUCUAGGAGUUCUCACUUUUGCCUAUUUUGGCUGGAGAGUUUGUCAUUGUAUGAUAGAAGACACAGAAAUUAUAGAAAUGGUUCAACCAAUUCAACAAAUAACAGCAAAUACUGCUGGGGAGAAAUUAAUUCGAAAAACCGGUGGGAAUUUCCAACCUGAACAAGAACGCACAAAAAGUAGAACUGUAGCAGGAGGUUCCCCAAAGGGGUACAACAGAAAAUCUGAAAGAAACAAGCAAUUCCAUGUGAGCAGAAAAGAACAGCAGGUUUCAAAAAGCAGCAAAAAAGCUGGUCUUCUUAAAAUACCUAAGGGCAAGAACCAGAAUCAACAGCUCUAUAAUGAAUCCCUGCAAAGCUUGUUGAACUUCCACUAUUCAUCUCCAAACACAACACACCACUAUGGUUAUGGAGGAGUAAAGAGAAAAAGAACUUCUACUUUCAAUAAAGAGGCCUUCCUUCAAGCAAAUUGUCAUUUUGUUGUUCAAGACGAUGCAAGCGAUUAUGCAGUGCAUUCGACCAAUCCAGAUGUUCUUGUUGAUUGGAACAACAUCAAAUUGGUUUACUUAUCAACUCAUGAUGCACCUACUUGCCCAAUAUGUUUAUAUCCCCCAGUGUGUGGAAAAAUAACACGAUGUGGACAUGUGUUUUGCUGGAGUUGUAUUAUUCAUUACCUGCAUUUGGGUGAAAAAAACCACAGAAAAUGUCCUAUAUGUAACGAAACUGUGCAUGAAGAAGAUCUGAAAAGUGUAAGGUCGUGUGUGCAGAAGAAAUUUGCAAGAUUGGACACAAUAACAAUGACACUGAUGAAACGUUCAAAGGAUUCGUUGUUUGCGUUACCAGCCGGUGAAUGGAAACCAUCAAAAAUUCAGUUUCCUCUAUGGAAAGAUUCUUCCUUCCAUUUUGGUUACAAGUUAGCAAUAGCCUCUCCACAGACAGUGUUGGAGAAUAUUUUACUAAGAGAGCAAGUGGAACUGGAGGUUCAACUUAGUGAAGCUAACCUUGAACAGUCAGGAGAGGAGUGUUUUAUUCACUAUGCCCUGGAAGAAAUCAAGAAGAAGAUUGCCAACACUUUGAAAGAUUCAGAAGAUUUGGAUGUUUCUGAGAAAAUAGAAGGAGUUAGUAUUUAUGGCAAUGAUAGAAGUGUGGCUGACAUGUUGGCUACAGUUAAUUUAAGUGUGGAGCAAGCAUUUUCCGACGACGAAUCAAUCGCUACUACAUCUUCGUUGUCUUCGCCGACAGUAGCUUCUGUUCUACCAACUUCCAAACUCGUGCGCGAUGAAAAGUCAGAAGUUACUGUUCACUCGGAAUAUGCGAACACAACCCAAUAUGGUAGAAGUCGUUCGUCAAAUUCAUCAGACUCGUCUGCAGGUGAUAAUGAACAUGUUUUGGAGGAGAGUAUGAAGGAUGUGGAUUCGUGUUAUUUUUACCAAGCGAAUGAUGGACAGAACAUCUUCAUCCAUCCGCUAAAUUAUCGAUGUUUAAUCGAAGAAUACGGAUCAAUGGGAAGUGGUCCACACGAAAUAACUGGCCAGAUUAUUGACUUUGAAUGCUUUACCAUGACAAAGGACCUACGAAAGCGUUUUCGUUAUCUUCGCCACCUGCCUGUAGCAUGUGAGUUUAUCGUGUGUGAGCUUAUUUUGAGACCUCCUGUUUUGUCCAAACAUACCAUCCAUAAUUUCAUGCCUGAGUUUAAGAAAAGAAAAGAAGUCAGACUUAGAAAACUGGAAGAACAGCGAAAAUUUGACCGAAGAGCAAAUGCUGUAAGAAGCAGACAGGAGGGUUACCAUGUUCCCUCUUAUUACGAUGAACCAGCAGUGAAUCUCAACUUAGCGGAUACCAACGACUUUCCGUGUAGUAUGUCUCCUGACAAUGGUGAAAAACAAAUGGCGCAAUUCGCUCCCGAAAAUCACCAGCCAGUUGGACCUUCAUUUGCGCAAAUGCUAAAAGCGGAAGGAUCACUUCCCCCCGUAAAGAUAAAAUCAAACUGGGGACAGAGGAAAGAGCCUAUAUCCAUGGCAACAAUUCCAUCUUUCGAAAGAAUUGAAGGAGAGAGUGAUGAAGAUGUUGUCGCACCAUCAUUUAAAGAAAUGUUCAGUGCAGAUAUGUUGACAACACCUACUGAAGUUUCUUGUAAAAGCCGAAACAAUAAAUCGAAGAAAGCAAGUGGAAAAAGUAAAAACAAGGGCACACUUUUAUUUGCCACGGGAAGUCAGAGAAAAUAUUAAGUUUAAAAAUUUGUGUUUCUGGCUUGUGUUAUUAGACAAUUUAUAAUUAAAAUGGUGAACUGUAAUAAUUGUUAUGUUAAAAAAGCAUUUAGUUGUAUUGUAGUUCUUUAAAAAGAUACUAAUCUCUAAAAA